AUGGCGUCUGGACGCAAGGACUUCCUGAGCCAGCCCGCUCCCGAAAAUUACGUCGCGGGUCUGGGUCGAGGUGCGACGGGUUUUACGACUCGUUCGGAUCUGGGCCCCGCGCGCGAAGGCCCUACACCGGAGCAGAUCCAGGCUGCUCUCGCGAAAAGAGCCCAGCUCCUGGGUGCUGCACCGCCAACGGCGUACGGCGCAGGCCGUGAGAAGGGCGGAAAAGACGAGAAACCAGAGGAAGAAGAGGAGGACGAGCGGUUCCAGGAUCCUGACAAUGAAGUUGGGUUGUUCGCAUACGGACAGUUUGACCAGGAGGAUGACGAGGCCGAUCGCAUCUACCGGGAAGUAGAUGAGAAGAUGGACAGACGGCGGAAAGCAAGAAGGGAAGCCCGUGAACUUCAAGAACGAGAAGACUACGAACGAAAGAACCCGAAGAUCCAGCAGCAGUUUGCCGAUCUGAAACGCUCCCUAGCCUCUGUGUCGGAGGACGACUGGGCCAACCUCCCGGAAGUCGGAGAUCUAACGGGUAAAAACCGACGAGCGAAACAGAACUUGCGGCAACGAUUCUAUGCCGUUCCCGAUAGCGUCAUCGCUGGCGCCCGAGACUCGGCCCAGUACGAAACGACCGUCGCAGACGAUGGUGCCGGUGGCGAUGCCCAGGGCGCGGACGGAACGAUAACGAACUUUGCGGACAUCAGCGCUGCGCGUGACAAGGUUCUCCAGGUCCGACUGGACCAGGCUGCUAUGGGUUCUUCGGCAGAUGCAGCAUCGGGCAGCGCGACGAGUAUCGACCCCAAGGGAUAUCUUACGAGUUUGACGCAGUCGGAGAUGAAGGCCGGAGAAGUCGAAAUUGGUGACAUCAAGCGAGUCCGUGUGUUGCUCGAGUCGGUGACGAAGACCAAUCCGAAGCAUGCUCCUGGAUGGAUUGCGCUCGCUCGUCUGGAGGAACUUGCAGGCCGGAUCGUGACGGCGCGGAAUAUUAUCGCUAAAGGCUGCGAGUUGUGUCCGAAGAGUGAAGACGCAUGGCUGGAAAAUAUCCGGCUUAACGAGGGCCAUAACGCCAAGGUCAUUGCCGCCAACGCCAUUAAGAACAAUGACCGCUCUACGCGACUGUGGAUCGAGGCGAUGAAACUGGAAACCGAACCUCGCGCCAAAAAGAAUGUUCUGCGGCAGGCUAUUCUUCACAUCCCUCAGUCUGUUGCCAUUUGGAAAGAAGCGGUCAACCUUGAAGAAGACCCAAACGAUGCCCGCCUCCUUCUGGCCAAGGCCGUGGAAAUGAUUCCCUUGUCGGUCGAGUUGUGGCUUGCUCUAGCUCGUCUGGAAACUCCUGAAAAGGCCCAGGCGGUCUUGAACAAGGCCCGCAGAGCUGUUCCUACUAGUCAUGAAGUUUGGAUUGCCGCUGCCCGACUGCAGGAGCAGAUGGGCACUUUCGAGAAAGUAAACGUUAUGAAGAGAGCUGUCCAGUCCCUUGCUAGGGAAAACGCCAUGCUGAAGCGCGAGGAGUGGAUAGCGGAAGCUGAGAAGUGUGAAGAUGAAGGGGCUAUCUUGACGUGCGGCGCUAUCAUUCGCGAAACAUUAGGCUGGGGAUUGGACGAAGAUGACGACCGGAAAGACAUUUGGAUGGAGGACGCCAAAUCUAGUAUUGCCAGAGGCAAGUAUGAGACGGCGAGAGCAAUCUACGCAUACGCAUUGCGCGUGUUUGUCAACCGCCGGUCGAUCUGGCUGGCCGCUGCCGAUCUGGAACGCAACCACGGCACCAAAGAAGCGCUGUGGCAGGUUCUGGAGAAAGCGGUGGAGGCUUGCCCGCAGAGCGAAGAGUUGUGGCUACUUCUCGCCAAGGAGAAGUGGCAGACAGGCGAGAUCGACGAGGCCCGGCGUGUUCUCGGUCGCGCUUUCAACCAGAAUCCCAACAACGAAGAUAUCUGGCUGGCUGCUGUCAAGCUCGAGGCCGAUGCCCAGCAGACCGACCAGGCGAGGGAGCUUCUGGCUACUGCCCGUCGCGAAGCAGGAACCGACCGCGUGUGGAUCAAGAGUGUUGCGUUCGAACGGCAGCUGGGCAAUGUCGACGAAGCGCUCGACCUCGUCAACCAAGGUCUCCAGCAGUUCCCCAAGGCUGACAAACUUUGGAUGAUGAAGGGCCAAAUCUACGAAGCCCAGAACAAAUACCCACAGGCUCGCGAGGCGUACGGUACCGGCACACGGGCCUGUCCCAAAUCCGUACCUCUGUGGCUCCUGGCCUCUAGAUUGGAAGAAAAGGCCGGCGCUGUGGUCAAGGCGCGCUCCGUUCUCGACCGGGCCCGUCUUGCCGUUCCUAAGAGCCCCGAGCUGUGGACAGAGAGUGUCCGCGUUGAACGACGAGCGAACAACAUCGGCCAGGCGAAGGUCCUAAUGGCGAAGGCGCUGCAGGAAGUCCCUACAUCAGGCCUCCUGUGGAGUGAGAGCAUCUGGCAUCUUGAGCCGCGGGCACAGCGGAAGGCCCGCAGCUUGGAGGCCAUCAAGAAGGUGGACAACGAUCCGAUCCUGUUUAUCACGGUGGCGCGCAUCUUCUGGGGUGAACGUCGUCUAGAGAAGGCGAUGACCUGGUUUGAGAAAGCCAUCGUCUCCGACAGUGACCUUGGUGAUGGGUGGGCUUGGUAUUACAAGUUCUUGUUGCAGCACGGUACAGAGGAGAAACGAGCCGACGUGAUCUCCAAGUGUGUGGCCACGGAGCCCAAACACGGCGAGGUCUGGCAGUCGGUAGCCAAAGACCCAGCCAACGCGCAUAAGUCGACGGAGGAGAUCUUGAAGAUGGUUGCCAGCCAGAUUUCUUAG